AUAGAAAGAAACUGUCAGAAUAGCCCCAAGAAAUUGAAACGUGGACGAAGUUAUUCCCGCUCACCGUCUCCUCGUCGUGGCAGAAGUCGCAGCCACAGUUACAGCAGAGGUCGUAGCUACAGCCGAUCCAGGUCUCCUGUGAGGAGGGACUCCAGGUCUCCUGUGAGGAGGGACUCCAGGUCUCCUGUGAAGAGCGACUCCAGGUCUCCUGUGAAGAGGGACCGUAGCAUUGAGCAUGAAGAAAGAAGAUCAAGAAGUCCUCGCCCUCAUAGAUCAUCACCACCUCCAUCAAAAGGAAGGAAAUACAGCCCUUCACCUGAUGAAAGAAGUCCACAAGAGAGAGGUACGCCGUCCCCUAGGGGUGAUAGGGCAGCCAAUGGUUCUGAUCAUAGCAGGAGCCCUACAGACGAUGCUGGAAUAGACGAACGCAGAAAUUUGAGUCCUAUUGAAGAAAAUGGCCGCAGUCGCAGCAAUAGCCCCAUCCAUAGGGACAAUGGAAGCCCAGUGGAGAAUGGGAGCCCAAUGGGUGAUGAUGAAAAUCAUGCUUCUCCAAGGGGCAGCGAGUCACCUUAAAAAGGUGCAUAUGAUACAGUCAGCUUGGCAAGUGUGUUUUAAUCACAAGUAAUUAUUGUCCUUGCCCUUUAAUUUUUAAAGUAUUUCUCCUUCUAUUUGGAAACAUGUAAUUGAAUUAUUUGGAAUGACCUGAAUUUGAAACUGUCUUGCACAUGGUGUGUUCGAGACCGCUUUAAGCUGUGGCUUGUUAUAUUCAGCUUGAAUUUGGUUAGAAGUGUGGGACACUAUUUGGAAGUGGUUUAACUAUGACUGUAAAGUUCCUUGUUGGCCAAGUGUUGUUAUAUCACUUCCUGAAUAUUGUACCAGAGCAUUCACCAAUUGUAAAGUUGAAAUACAGCAAUUGGUGCAAAUUUGAGAUUCA